AUGUCUGGCGCUCCAAACAUCCUGAAUCUCGCUCUCCGCCACCUGUCGCCACAUAACCCGCCGCCAUUGACGCCUCUGAGGAAACUUGAGCAAAUCCACGCUCUUCUCAUCGUCUCCGGCGUCAUUUCCCGCCACACUUCAACCAGAAUCCUCCUCCACUGCCUCUCCCUCCCUUUCUUCCCGCCGCCCUACGCUCUCUCCAUCUUCGCCCAAAUACGCCCACCAGAUGUCUUCACCUACAACGCCCUCAUCCGAGGCUUCAGCUCCGACCCUCAGAAAGCCGUUUCCUUGUACUCUAACAUGCGCCGGGAUGACAUCCCCCCCAACAAGCACACCUUCCCUCUCCUUCUCAAGUCCAAGGCCCGAAUACCCUUUCAGAUCUUCGGGCACGCAAUCCAAUUCGGGCUCGGCCCCGACCCGUUCGUGAGAAACUCUCUUCUUUCCUCAUUUGCCAUCUGCGGACUAGUCGAGGACGCCCGUAAACUGUUCGACGAAAUGACUCAAAGAGACUUGGUCUCCUACACCGCGUUAAUGGACGUGUAUAUCAAGAACAAACAAGGCACGCAGGCUCUGGAUCUGUUUCUCGAGAUGAGAGAGUGCGGAGUCUGCACAGACGGGGUCGCCGUAGUCAGUGCCCUUUCUGCGGCCGGCAUGUCUGGCAGCAUUUGGCUCGGGAAAUGGAUACACGGGUUUUACGUUGAAACCGGGAGAGUCGUGCGGGAUGUUUACGUCGGGAGUGCCCUCGUCGACAUGUAUUCCAAAUGUGGGUUAUGCGAGGACGCGCUCAAGGCCUUCCACGGCAUGCCGCGUACAAACGUCGUCUCUUGGGGCGCAUUACUCGCCGGGUUUUUGCAUAACGAAAAGUUCAAUGACGUGCUGCUCCUCUUCCGAAAAAUGCUGCUUCUCGAAAAAACCAAACCCAACAAACCCAUACUCGCAAGCGCUCUUGCCGCGUGCGCGGGGCUCGGCUCGUGCGAGCGCGGGAGGUGGAUCCACGGUUACCUGGUGAAGCUUGAACACGAGACGGAGAUUUGUUCGGUGCUGGGGACUGCCCUAAUAGACAUGUACGCCAAGUGCGGGUGCAUGACGGAAGCAUUUCGGGUGUUUGCGAGAGUCGCGGAGAAGGACGUGUACCCAUGGACGGCCUUGAUAUUCGGGUCGGCAGUGAACGGUGAUGCCCGGGGAGCCCUACACCUCUUCCACCAGAUGGUGGGUUGUGGGGUGCGCCCGAACGAGGUCACCCUGCUAGCCGUGCUGAGCGCUUGCGCGCACGGGGGGCUCGUGGACGAGGGGAAGGCCAUGUUUGCAGAGAUGGAGAGGGUUUAUGGGGUGGGUCCCACGGAAGAGCACUGCAGCUGCAUGGUGGACCUUCUCGGGAGGGCGGGGAGGCUGAGGGAGGCGGUGGAGCUGAUUGGUGGGGGGAUACAAGGGAAUGGGCCGUGGAGUGCGCUGCUCGGGGCGUGUGCUGUGCAUGGGGAUUACGAGCUCGGGAAGGUGGUGGGGAAUAAUUACUUGAUGAGGGUGCAGCCGAGGGAGGGUGAGGGUGGGAGGUACGCUCUCGUGGCCAACUUGUGUUCGGGGAGGGGUGAUUGGAAGGGGGUUGCAGAGGUGAGGAAGAAGAUGAGGGAAGGUGGAGGAGGAAAGGAUAGGGGGUGCAGCUGGAUCGAGAUGGGCGGGAUUGUGCGAGAGUUUUAUGCGUUCGGGGAGUCGGGUGAGGGGAAUGUGCAUGUGUACAACGUCGUCAAUCAGCUUACGGAACAUAUGAAGCAGCAGCCUUUUGUUUUGGAGGAUGGUUUGCUGGAGAUUUGA